AUGGAGGGGAACGCCGACGCCUCUUCGACGGCGCCGCUGGCCUGGCACGACUUCCUCGAGCGCAUGCGCCAGCCCUCCGCCGCCGAGUUCGUCCAGUCCAUUAAAAGGAGUUUAGAACCACACAUGCUGGGACUUGAGAAAUAUGUCAUGACAAAGCUGUUUAAUCGGGUACUUGCUUCAGUCCCAGAAGAUGUGAAGAGUGAUGAAAAACUUUUUGAGAAAAUGGCUUUGCUACAGCAAUUUAUAAGGCCUGAAAACUUGGAUAUAAAACCAGAGUACCAGAAUGAAACAUCCUGGCUGGUAGGUCGUUCCAAGGGUGAGAGGUGGCGAGAAGCGCCUGCCUCCUCGUCGGGCGGCUCCUCCGCCCUUCUUUUCCGUGAAGCCCUGCUUUGCUUGGUGGCGCCUCUUCGUCUGUCAGCGCGUCGCGGCGUGUCUUUGAAGGACCCGCCACCUCCGAAGGUCAUCCUCAAGGCGCGGCCUCGACAGGUGUUCGUUGCGGUGGGCCCUGAUGCGUCCGGGUGGCAGCAGUACGAAAGCCGUCGUGCCCGCAAGAAGCGUCUGAAGGACCUGCGCGGUCCCCGUCGUCCGGUGCCUGUGGACCUCAGGGGGAGGUGCUUCAACUGCUUCGCACCUUCUCACCGCGCUACCGUCUGCCGAGAAGGGACUCGCUGCUUCAAGUGCCAUCGAGAUAGGCACGCAGGCGUCUCUUGUCUUGCGGUCGUGGCCCCUCUGCGGGUGUCCUGCGCCGACAUCGGUAGCAUCAUCAACCGCUCGGCUAGGAUGGCCAGGGCCGAGGACGAGCUUUGCAAGGCACUCUCAGUUUCGAUCGUUGGAGAUUCGGCGACCCUUUCGGUUGACGUUCUGGUGGCUGAGCUUGCUCGCCGCUAUGAACUCCCGGUUGAGUCGCUUGAGUUUCAUCGUCUGAAUCGGGAUUACUCGUCCUUCCGGCUCAAAGCAUGGUGUUCCCAGCCUGAGCUUAUCCCGGCGGACAUGGAGUUGGUCAUCGUCGAGCCCCUUGUGCUUGCUGAAGAGCGGCUUCGUAGAAUCGAAGAUAUUCCCAGCAGACCUAAAGCUGCAGCAACUGAUCGGCUGGGCCUGAUCUCAAACCCACCAAGGGAUGCGGAUGGAGGUCUCUUCCCUUCUCCGUCGCCGGAUGACAUCCCAAUCCUUGAUCCUGUUCUGACGGCGCUCUGCGCUUCUCCGAUGGGGACUGCUAUUCGGAACGGCGUGGACACGGCUCCGCUCCCAGAACCUCAUUUGGCUUGCGUGGUAGCCAUGGCCAAGCCGGUUGACGUGGCAGUAGCGGUAGUGACUCCGCACCGGACCCCCAUUCGUGGUCCUGGGGGCGUUGAUGUCAUGGCCGUGACUCUGUCCACUGGUGCACGCUCGUUCCCUGCCGGCAAGGAUCUCACUCAGGUCUCCCUUGAUGACGGCAACGAGUCGAGCAAGCUCAUUUUGGGGGGACCGGUGCCGAAACUGCUGCAGUCGGUGCCGCAGCACACAUCACCGGAACCGCAAGUGAUGACUCAGCUGCUACCGCCUGUGCUGCUGGCGCCGCCACUUCGGGGGAGAACCCCGCCUCCCUUGCAAGUCUAUUCACGUCGCCGGUCCAGCAGGAGGGCUGCGACUAUGGAGGGGGAGGCUGUUGCUUCUACUUCCCCUUCGCAACCCCUCAGUCCAGCCACAGCUUUCAUUCUGAAGAUGGCAAAGACUCCUAAUGGUCUUUUGCCGAUUCCUCACAUCAGCAAGAGAAGAAAGAAGCCACCCCCCAGUGAAGCUCCGCGCCGCAGCCGGCGGAUUGCUGGGUUGGGUGUGGAUCAGCCUAAGGCUUGUCCCACACAUCUGAUGAAGCGUGUGAUGCGGGCUCUGGAUUUGGAUGUAGAUGAUGAGAAGGGGCAAUUGGACCAACAGCUUCUUGAAGACUACGCCCAGCGUUUUCGUCAGCAUGUUACACCCUCCCAUACAAGGGCGCUGGCUGCUCUCUUUGGAUGGGCACCUACAGAGGAGGACUUUGUUGUUGGGCCGGAGACAAAGAUGAGUGCAAUUUCUCGUCAACUUAUCUUGUCUAUGCUUGGAAGCGAUUUUGACAACAAUUUCAUUUGCCGCCCUUCUAUUGGUGCCAGUGGAGGAAUUCUGAUUGCCUGGAGACGCCGCUUGGGUACUGUUCAGGAUAGUCGAGUGGAUAAUCACAUUCACAUAACAGUCAGGAUUGUUGUAAUAAUCAAGCUCAUGUUCUUAGUGCAGGCUAAUCCUCCACAGCUCCACUCAAAUCUGUUGUACAUACAAAGAUAUAGACGGCAAACACGACUGGUGUCAGAGGCUCAAUACUUUUUUACAAACAUAUUGUCUGCUGAGUCUUUCAUAUGGAACAUUGAUGGGGAAUCAUUAUCCAUGAAUGAACUAGAUUUUCAAAGGAAGAUGGAUUCAGCAAGGGAACGCUUGUUGGGAUUAUCAGCUGACUCAGAAAACCAGGAUAGUCAAGCCAAUCCUGACGUCCAAGAUCGGAAAUCACAAAAUCUUAAAGCUAACAGGAAUUUUGAUGCCAGCUUAUCUUUGAAAGAUCACGCCCAAGAGAAGAAAGGAGCAGCAGAGCUCCUCAAUGAAGAUGACUUGAACAAAAAAAUCCAGGAGUACCCGUUCCUGUUUUCCCGUGCUGGUGAUCUGACUAUUGCUGAUGUAGAAAGCCUUUUGAAUUCGUACAAGCAACUAGUACUUCGGUAUGUAGCACUUGCACAAGGUAUGGGUGUCAGCCCUGAAACCACUCUUGCUCAGAGUGGGCAGACAUCUGAUCUUGUAGUAUCUGAGGAGCCAGAAAAUUUGAAUAGUGUGGUAAAUGACAAUGAGAACAGUGAAAGAACUAGCAAAAAAGUUGAUGUUAUAAACGAAAACCAUCAUUCAGAAGUGGUUGACACAGAAGCAUCUGAACAAAUGACCCAGAAAACUGCUGUUGAUUCCAGUGAUGAUCUGAAGGCAUUGCAUCAGCCUGAGAAUGCAUGA